AUUUGUUAGCGUAAUGACUUGUAAGUGGACGCUAGUGCUGCUGCUGGGCUUAAGCAUAUCCACGCUAGCUGAAAAGCCGUGGUGGCAAACCGCGUCAUUCUAUCAAAUCUAUCCGAGGUCAUUCAAGGAUAGCGAUGGAGAUGGUGUGGGUGAUUUGCGUGGUGUGACCGAAAAUAUGGAUUAUUUAAAGGAGAUUGGAAUAACUGGCACAUGGUUGUCACCAUUUUUAAAAUCGCCCAUGGCUGAUUUUGGCUACGACAUAUCUGACUUUUAUGAUGUAGAUCCACUUUUUGGCACAAUGGAUGAUUUUGAAGAUAUGAUGAGUAGAGCCAAGGAAUUAGAUUUGCGUAUUAUUCUUGACUUUGUGCCCAAUCACUCAAGUGACGAAUGUGAAUGGUUUAUAAAAUCAGCAGCAAGAGAUCCGGAGUACGAAGAUUUUUAUGUUUGGCAUCCUGGUUUUGAAUACAAUGGAGUACGAUAUCCACCCAAUAAUUGGGUUAGUGUGUUCCGUGGAUCGGCAUGGGAGUGGCAUGAAGGUAGACAAGAGUAUUAUUUCCAUCAAUAUCACAAGAAACAACCAGAUCUUAACUAUCGUAAUCCAGCUGUGAAAGAGGCUAUGCAAGAUGUUUUAUUGUUUUGGUUGGAUAAAGGUGUUGAUGGUUUUCGUAUUGAUGCAAUACAUCAUGCUUUUGAAGUCGCUCCAGAUGCAAAUGGCAAUUAUCCUGAUGAACCACGUAACUGGUGGAACAACGAUCCAGAGGAUUAUGGUUACACUGAUCAUGUGUAUACAGCUGAUCAGCCUGAAACUCAUCAAUUGGUAUACGAAUGGCGUAGCUUAUUGGAAGAAUAUCAAGCACAAAACGGCGGUGAUGAGCGCAUUUUAAUGACUGAAGCUUGGUCAGAUAUUGAUACGGUAAUGAAGUAUUAUGGUGAUGGAACUAAAGAUGGCUCACAGAUACCAUUUAAUUUCCAAAUGAUCAGUAACUUAUGGUGGGACUCCGAUGCCUAUCACUAUUCUGAAAUGAUUAAUUCUUGGUUAGAUCGUUUGCCUGAAGGUAAAGCAGCUAAUUGGGUGAUUGGUAAUCACGAUAAAAAUCGUGUUGGUUCACGUUUCGGUUCGGAUCGCAUGGAUAUGUUUAAUAUGUUACUCUUAACCUUACCUGGUUGCAGUAUCACUUAUAACGGUGAAGAAAUCGGUAUGACAGACGUGUGGAUUUCUUGGAAAGACACUGUUGAUCCACAAGCUUGUAACAGCUUUGAAGAUGGGUAUGAAUAUCGUUCACGAGAUCCAGCACGUACACCUUUCCAAUGGAGUAAUGAACAUAAUGCUGGAUUCAGUGAUAGUUCCUCAACUUGGUUACCUGUCGGUGAUAAUUAUCAAACUGUUAAUGUGGAAACUGAGCGCGAUGAGCCUUUAAGCCAUUUGAAUAUCUAUAAGCAAUUACAAGAACUUAGAAAUGAAGACACAUUCAAAAAUGGUGAAGGUGAGGUAUUGCCAUUGAAUCGUUAUGUUUUGGGUGUUCAUCGUUACUUGCAUGGUGAUUACACAUAUGUAACGUUGCUCAACAUUUUCGACAGUAUUGAAAACUUCGAUUUGAGCAACCAUUUUGAUAACAUGCCAAGCUCAUUCGAAUACGUUGUGAUCAAUGAUAAGUCAAUUAGGGCAAUUGGCGAUGUUGUUUCGAGCAAAAGUAUUACUUUGAUGCCUAAGGAAUCAGUGGUCUUGAAAUCAACAACCAGACAAUAAACGACCAAAGUUAUUUUAAAUAUUAUAAAAUAAUUAUUUGUUCUGCUAUAGUUUUGUGCAAAUACAUUUACAUUA